AAAAUAUAAAUGCAUCCUAUGGAUCAUUUCUUUGGUAUAAUAUGAUAUAAAUUGUGUUAAUAAUGAAGAAUUCUAUCUGUAAAAUGGUUGAACUGAAACCGUUUGAACCAGAAGGACAGGACGAAACUUCAACAACAUCAACUACAACUACUACACUGGCUACAACUACAACAACAGAAAUGACCACAUCAACAACGGAAGAUCCUACGACUACAACAACUACUACUACUAGUAGCCCCACAAGUACUACAGACACAACAACAACAACAACAUCAACUACAGAAGAGCCUACUACGGAAGCUUUAACGACAACUACAACGGAAGCUACUACUACUACUACUACCACCACCACCACCACAGAACCUACAACAACGUCAACAAAACAAACAACUUCAACCACCGAGGGAGAAGAAUCGUCCACAACGUCCACUCUUAUACCUUCCACCACCACCACAACAACAACUACUACUACAACCGAAGCUCCCACCACUACAACCACUGAAGAACCUAUAACAACUGAGAAAAUAGAGACAACUACGACCACUACCACAGAAAUUCCAACAACUACUACAACAGAAUCAACUACCACAACUUCUGAGGCUUCAACAACUACUACUGCAACUCCAACUACAACCACAACUGAGUUGUCAACUACCACUACAACUACUGACAGUCCUACUACUAUGACAGCGACAACCACAACCACUAUUUCUACCACUGAGACACCUACAACUACGACGGAGAGCACCACUACAACAACUACAGAGAAACCUACAACUACUACUGAAAAAAUGACAACGAUAACUACUACCGAGAGCGCCACUACAACAACUACUGAGAAACCUAUAACUACAACUGAAAGAAUGACAACGACAACGGAAGAAUCCACGACUACAACUACUACUACAAAAGUGCCUACAGCCGCCACCACCACAACAACAGCAAUCCCGACUAUUACUACAACUACGGAAGCUCUAAUAACUACUACAACAGAAAAACCAACGACAACCACAACAACAGAUGCAUCAACUACAACUACGACAGCAGAACCUACAACGACGACAACUACAACAGCACCCACAACGACCAUGUUACCUACAACAUUACGACCACCUAGAACGGGCAAAUUCUACAACGAAACGGGAGACUAUUUCUAUCCCAACAUGGUGAAGAACGGGAGCGCAGUAGACGAAGUGAAGGUCACCAACGGACCCAUUGGCUUCGGGAGGGCCAUCCGUCUCGACGGCAACCGCAACGGUUCCUCCAAACAGUGUCUCCGGAUGCACGUCAUUCCCAAGAGCGACCCGGACGCUGCUUGCUUCGACAACCCCGAAAAGUGUGACUCUGGAAUUUCGUUCAGCAUUUGGAGCAAGAUAGUCUUCUUCAGAAAUGAUGACGUGGACAGAUAUAUUUUCAGCACAGGUGCCAGUGCGGAAGGUAAACCGGGAGUCGCCCUCUACUUCAGAGGAAUAUAUUUUUUUGCCGUCGUCUCCACUGGUAAGGAGAUGUGGACUUUGACCGUUCCCGGCCCGGUGAAUAACAACACUUGGAGGGAGAUAGGGCUGCGGUGGACCAAAGACAGAGGAUUAGAUUUGUUCGUGAACAGCGUGAUGAUCGGACAAGUACGCUACCCUGAUGACGUGGAGCCAUCUUUUUCCAGGGAUGGUGCAAUGAUGCUGACGGUAGGUUGUCUUCAGACAUCAGACGGAGAAUUCGAGAACUUCGCAUACGGCGAAUACGAUGAGCUGACAAUCUGGAUGUGGGCCCUCAACGGUAGUGAGAUCGCAUUCUUCCUCGGUGGACACGAUCCGAACACAACCUGCGACGUGGAGACCCAUCCUUUGCGAUGCGAAACAAACACUGAAAAGAUAUUGGAAAACAUGGACAACCUAGUUGUGGAGAAUACGGAAGGUUUAAUAAAUGCUUUGAAUCAUCUGAAAUCUCUUUCUGAAGUAGAAAAUGAUCCAAAAGGCAGUGAAGACGAUGAAGGAGAUGAUCGAAAUGACGAGGAAUUGAGAUUGCUCAUAUCCAUUGUUGAAAAGCUGAUCGUCCUCACGUGGGACAAACCUGAUGAACUGAGUCUCUCAGACUUGGAAGAACUGAUGGUUGUACAAGAUUUGGCAAGCAAUCUUUUGGAGGAAAAAUACAUAGAUGGAUGGCAAAAAAUACAAAAUGAGGGAAAAUCUUCGGUGGACUUUUUGAAUCUGGUCGUUGAUUACCAGGUGCAGAAAAUGAAGCAAACUGAUAAUGGAAAAGAACCCUUAUUGUUUACUCGCGACUCAACGAAUAUCAACUCCGAUAUCCGCAAACGAAUGCUGUACGAUGUACACCAAGCAGACGAACCCAUCUUCUUCCCAGACUUGAAAGAAGAAGAGAGCCAAAGAAGGAGACGAUCAGCAAAAGACAACGAAGAGGAGAAGAAAGAUGAAGGAAAAGUUCGGGUUCAGAUGACGAAAAAUGUUUAUGGAGAAAUGGACAAACGUACGAAAGUAAUAUUUGCUGGAAACGCUUAUAAAAAUUUAGAGAAGCUGGCACCUCUGUGGAAUGCAAAAACAGGAAACGCCACCAGUUUGGUCUUCAUCGACAGCGAAGUCGUGUCGGUCACCUGCAAUCCCAACGCCAGUUCGUCUGCCCUCGAAAGGGAACCUCUCACUCUCAUCCUCAAGCACAGGAGGAAGGUGCGAGCAACCGGUCGUAAACUUCUGGCUGAUGAAGACAUGGAAAAGAAUGGAGAGAUACGUCGAAGGGAAUGCAUGAGAUGGGACCCAACCUUGGAAAUUAAAAAAAGCAAAGCCAAAGGAGGAUGGUCGACCGAUGGAUGUUCUGUUGCCAAUACCAGCUCAGAAGAGACAACUUGUCAAUGCACCCAGCUUGGAACCUAUGCCAUCAUGUCCAAAAUACGUGCACCCUUUGCUAUGCAAGAAGAGGAAGAAUGGGUGAAGUGGACCAAGUGGGCGUGCUUCGGAAUCUCGAUCAUUCUGCUCGCGUUUUACAUUCUGGUGAUUCUUAUAAGAAGCUCAUUGCACGAGCAGUACCAUAUAAUUCGCCUGAAUAUGGCUGCUGCGGCUCUUGGCGGUUUAGUGUCUUUCUUCUUAACGGACUUCCUGUUCGAAGAUGAAGAAGUGUGCCGCAUCCUAUCCAUUCUCAUCCACUUCUUCUACACGGCGACGGGGAUGUGGCUGGCGGCCGAAGCUCACGCCCUCUUUUGUGGUCUUGUCCUCGGGUCCUUCAAGAGCAAACUGACCCUCCAUGUCAUGAUGGCCUGGGUCGCUCCUGGAUGUAUGAUUGGCGGGUGUUUUAUGUUAUUUUACAACUACGGAUAUGAUUACAGGUGUCUGGUCGGCCCAACGGCUCCUUUCAGAUGGCUCUUGGUCAGUCCGAUUCUGGUGGCAUCUGCUAUGGCAUUCAUGUUUUCCCUGCUCACCUGCAUAAAUUACGGAACCCCAGCUGUGAAGAAAACCGCAAUAGUAAAUGAGUUGAGUUCUGCCACUCGAGCCAACUUCAUCGUGAUCGUCCUCUUCCUGCUCACCUGGAUCUUCGGAAUCUUCGCUCUCGUCGACCUGGGAUUUGACAGCGACGAAAUACCCGCCUUCAACCCUAUUUUCCAAAUACUCAAUGCCUGCUUGGGUAUAUUUAUCGCCUGCCUGAUCGGACUGGGAUCGAAACACUUUCGCUAUUGCCUCUGCCACUCGGACAAGAAUAAUACCAAAACGAAAGCUAUGAACCUCGAUCCAUUUGACAUACAUGACAAAGCAGCAGUCAAUAACAGAAAAAAGAUCUAUGCUAGUUAACAAGACGACGGCCUUUCCUAAAGAGUCGAAUCCGAAAACGAGUGGCACCGUGUCUAAAAAAAGACUGCAGAGUAAAGUGAUGCAAUGGAGGAUUAACAUUAAGAAAUUGUUCAUUUUACUUCUCAGAAGCGUAUCAUGUAAAUAAAAUAUAUUAUAGUGUUUAAUAUUAUAUGUUUUCUGGUGAUAAAUAUACUGUUAAAAUAGUUACAAAAUAAAAUAUUGUUAUAACUAUCACAUAAAUCUGCUCAUAUAAAAAUGUUAGAUUUAUA